AUGCCUGACGAGGCAACUACCUCGAAUCCGAACGCGUUGACGAAUGGCGAUGGUCCGGUGGUACCACCACCACCGGCACCAACAUCCGCCGCCACCAAAUUCAGCAUAUUGAGCAAAAUCCUGAAGCGUCGGAAUCGCAUUCAUAACACCGAAGAAUCUCAAGCUCAGUCAGACUUCAUGCAGAAAUACGGGGUGAAUGGGAACACGAGUAAUCAAGAUCUUCAAAUGGCUACGACGAAUCCUGCGGACCGCAAGAAUUUCGUUCAACGAUGUUACGAUAACUUGCGCACUUUCACAAUCGAUCCUAGCAAUGACAUAUUCUACUAUUGGACUGUCGUGGUCUCCUUCGCUUUUGUCUAUAAUCUAAUAUUCGUCAUCGCCCGUCAAGUGUUCACUGAUCUAAUGGGUCCCACAGCGAUUUCACUGUGCACCGUAUUCGAGAAUGAUCCGAUUGCCGGAAAUCGGACAACGGUCGUCGAGUGUACCCUGGAGAUGUUGACGAACAUGAAGAGAAUGCCGACAUCGAAACCAUAUCCGGAUAUGGGUUGGAAGGAGCAUUAUUGGACGAGGGCUCUAUGGGCUCUCGCCGAUUUGAGUAUGGAUCUCAUCUACGCGUUGGAUAUUUUUGUGAACACCCGAACCGGCUAUUUGGAGCAGGGCUUGGUGGUCCGCGAGAUCGACAAAAUCAAAAAGUUGUACUACUCGAGCCGCCAAUUCAAAAUGGAUUUGAUCAGCAUUCUCCCGUUGGAUUAUUUUGUCGGAUGGCCGUGGCCGGCGACUUGGUGGAAGCCUCUUCCGAUCGUUCGGCUCAAUCGGCUGUUUCGUGUCGCGCGCGUUAAAGAUUGCAUGGAGCGAACCGAGACGAGAAGCUCAAUCCCGAAUGCGUUUCGCGUCCUUGUCGUCGUCCUUUACAUCAUCAUCAUUAUUCAUUGGAACGCCUGCUUAUACUUCUGGAUCAGCGAGUGGAUCGGAUUAGGAUCGGAUAAUUGGGUGUACGGUUGCUUGAACAAACAAAGCCUUCCAGAGGAUGUUCCGGACACAUUGGUCCGUAGGUACAUCUACAGCUUCUAUUGGUCCACGUUGAUCCUAACCACUAUCGGAGAAGUGCCGAGCCCAGUUCGGAAUGUCGAAUUCGUGUUCGUUACACUCGACUUGAUGUGCGGCGUUUUGAUAUUCGCCACAAUUGUCGGAAACGUCGGAUCGAUGAUAUCGAACAUGAGCGCAGCGAGGACGGAAUUCCAGAACAAAAUGGACGGCAUCAAACAGUAUAUGGAGUUGCGGAAAGUGAGCAAGCAGCUCGAGAUGCGCGUCAUCAAAUGGUUCGACUACCUCUGGGCGAACAAGCAGUCGUUGAGCGAUCAGCAGGUUCUUCGAAUUCUGCCGGACAAGCUUCAGGCCGAAAUUGCAAUGCAAGUGCACUUUGAGACCCUGCGGAAAGUCAGAAUCUUCCAGGAUUGUGAGGCCGGAUUACUCGCCGAGCUUGUGUUGAAGCUCCAGCUUCAAGUGUUCUCACCCGGCGAUUACAUUUGCCGUAAAGGCGAUAUCGGCCGAGAGAUGUACAUUGUGAAGCGCGGCCGCUUGCAAGUCGUCGCCGAUGACGGAAACAAGGUGUUCGCGACACUCUCCGAGGGCUCCGUAUUCGGCGAAUUGAGUAUUUUGAAUAUCGCAGGUAGUAAAAACGGAAAUCGACGAACCGCCAAUGUCCGGUCUGUCGGAUAUACUGAUCUGUUUGUUCUUAAUAAAAAUGAUUUGUGGAAUGCGCUAAGAGAAUAUCCGGACGCCAGGAAAUUGCUAUUGGCCAAGGGACGCGAAAUUCUACGAAAAGACAAUCUCCUCGACGAGAAUGCACCCGAAGAGCAGCAAUCCGUGGAAGAAGUUGCAGAAGCCCUAAAUACCUCUGUCAAAGUGCUCCAAACCCGAAUGGCCCGCCUCAUCGCCGAACAUUCAAGCACCGAAGCGAAACUAUUGAAAAGAAUUGAGCUGCUUGAAGGCUAUCUAAGCAAAUACAAAGCGAUGGCUCGACGAAAGCGCGGAAUCCAGGGAAAUUCGCUGGACAAUGACGACGGCGAAACUCGAAAUCGCACGGGUCUCCGCCUCCGUCACGCGAAAACUCUCGAUCUUUCAACGGCCGAAGAGAAUGAAGGCGGCGGUGGCGGCCAUCCGGGAGCCGAUAUGUGA